UUGAAUCGAGGAGCAGGUGUUAGCUGUUUGUGGUUAUUUUUUUUUUUAAUCUGACGAAUAACAGCAGCUGCCUCCCGCUAUAUAAGUCCGUGGUGACUGGUCCAUCCACGCCAUCUUGCCGUCGACAUUGCCGUGCUGUGCUUGUAGAGAAAGCAGCAAAAUGUAUGCCCUUGCAAUUGCACUUCUGGCUUUUUCUACCUUUGUGUCCAACGCAUUUGCCAACAAGGAGUAUCUGCUCCUGGACAUCCGUGAUGCGACUACCAGCGAGAUAAUUAGCGCUCUGAGAGAUGUCGAAAUUGAAUUGAAAGUCAAGGCAAAAGGAAUAGCAAGGCAUCUGAUAGUGGUGAAACAGAAUGAUGCCAACCUGCAAAAGCUGGGAGAAAUCGACAUACCCGGGAGGUCAUGCUCCACCCCAGUGGAAGACCUGGACAACUUAAUGGAAGACAUUGGCAUUUCCUGGCCCAGGAAUGAACUGACCAAUGUCAAUGUCACUCUCUUCGAAAGAACCCUGGACCUCAAGGACAAGACGAUGGAGCAGUUCUGGUCGGAGGCGAAGGCAUACGGACAACUUGUCAAGCCAGUGCUCUCUUCCUUCACAUACCGUGCUUUUAAAGCCAAUGGCGCCUAUCCACCCAAGGUUUACUUCUUUGUCAACCUACCUCGUGAGAACUUGAAUGAUGCCAGCAGCAAAGGCAUUGACAUCUUUGGAGGGCCUGGGAAAGCCAGGACCACAGUUCAGUACGUGACAAAGCUGUCUUAAGCAAGCUGUGCUCAACGACACAAGGCUGGUGAGCACGUGACCCCGUCCAUGGUAACGUGACCGGACGUUCUCAAGAGGCAUGCGUCAACAUUCACCUUCGUCAUUCGUAAUCAGUCUAUUCUCGCCUCCCGAUGAAACGUUUUAGCUUCAACAGCCAAACAAAAUCUUCAAUAAAAGACGAGCGACAUUU